AUGAACGUUCACAACGACACCGGCCAGACCGAUCAACAGCCGCCCCAAGCAGAUGUCGGCCAGACAGCUCUGCUUGGCCAAGCGUCCGACUUUCAUUCUGCCUCCCAUGCAAUGCAUUCGUCGUCGACGGCGCUUUCACCAGAGGAUUGUCGAAGACAUCACUACCCCGACUCCGACAAUGGCUUAUCGCCAGAAGCAGAAUAUGGGCCAUCAGGCUCCCGGAAGGCCCGUGGCUCGGGAGAAGACACAGUUACGGCGCGUCGACGCGAGGCCAAUCGUCUCGCCGCGCAACGUUUCAGAAGCAGGAAGAAGGGCUAUCAGGAUAGUUUGCAAGAGAAGAUAAGGUCUCUCGAGCAGGCCAACAGAGCCUUACAAGGGCGUAUAGGGGAUCAUGACGGCCCCGUUCACGAAGGCUCGUCAGGCUCCUUGCCAACGUCUGGCCUCAGACCUCACUACGAUCAUUUUGCGUCUUGGCCUGGUACUGUUCCAUCCACCAAUCAUAUGACUUCAAACCCCCUUUCGCCUGUCGCCGGUCCCCUUGCUCCCGAAUGUCACGAUGUCCACCAGGAUCACGAGUUUCGUAUUCGCCACCUUGAGAAGGUCAAUACUGGGCUAGAGGAGGAAUUACGAGAGGUACGUGAAGAGAACAAGGCUCUUCGCGACGAGUUCAGGAGAUGGAGGAUGCAGGAGGAGCGUGUAGAGGAUGACGUUAUACGUCCAGGAUUAGCACGCGAUGCCCCUCCAUUGGAGCAUCAUCGAAGCUGGUCAUCGCGACCGUCUUACCCAUACCCAUCUCCUCACUCGUCGUUGCAGUCGCAGAGCUCGGACCAUUCCUCUGUUACUGGGAGUGACCAGAGCCUGUUUGCUUCUCAACACUCCCAACAUUCUCAACACGGUCAACGGCGGUCAGACGACCGCUACUCUUCCUCUCUUCACCUACCGCCUUUACGCAGGGUUGCUAGUCCUGCUGGCGCGCUCUUGGUCCCGACUCCUCAGAUUCCUCUGAUGAAGCCUCGGUCGCCACCAAGACCCGACGAAUAA